AUGGCGCCCAUCCGCCUAGGAGUGGUCGGGCUGUCGGCCGAAGGAUCAUGGGCAUCGCGCUCUCACCUGCCGCACCUGCUGCAGUCGGACGACUACGCAAUCACGGCGCUACAGAACAGCAGCGCGGAAGCGGCGUCACGGGCGGUGGCCAAGUACCAGCUCCCAGGCAAGGUGGCAUGCUACGGCAGCAUCUCGGAGCUGGUGGACGACGCGAACGUCGACAUGGUGGUAGUGUCGGUCAAGGUGCCGCACCACUACGAGCUUUUGAAGGCGGCGCUGGCAGCCCCGACCAAGAAGGACGUGUUUGUGGAAUGGCCGCUGGCGGCGAACCUGCGCGAGGCCGAGGAGCUGACGGGGCUGGCGGCGGCGCGCGGGGUGCGGACCAUGGUCGGGCUGCAGGCGCGGCAGAACCCCAGCAUCCGGCGGGCGCGCGAGCUGGUGGCCUCGGGCGCGCUGGGCGACAUCCUGGGCACCACGAUGCUGGGCAACGGGCUCGUCUUCGGGCCCCAGGUCACCUCGGACCUGCUGUACAUGCUGCCCAUCGAGCACGGCGCCAACCUGCUCACCAUCCCGGCCGGCCACGCCAUCGACGCCCUGUGCUACGUGCUCGGCGAGUUCAAGCACCUGCACGCCACCCUGGCCAACAACCGGCCUGAGCUGUCGCUGGUCGACUCCGAUGGCAACCAUGUCCGCUCCGUCGCCAAGUCCGCCCACGACUACGUCGCCGUCGAGGGCACCCUGCUGCGCGGCGGCGUCGCCUCCGUCGUCUAUCAGGGCGGCUCCUCGCUGACCGGCAAGGACUUUUACUGGGAGAUCAAUGGCUCCAAGGCCAGCCUGAUCCUCGAGGCCGAUUCCGGCCACGUCCAGAUGUUCCAUCCCACCUUGAAGUUGGCCACGCCCCCGUCCAGCUCCCACUCCGUCUACGGCUCCGGCCCCGGUCCAAAGGUUGAGGAGGUCCUGGUCGACAAGGCCGCCAAUCUCUCCUACAACGUCGGCUUGGCCUGGGAUGCCUUCGUUGACAAAGGCCCCGGCAGUGUCACCACCUUUGAGGAUGCCCUCGUCAGACAUAGGAUGAUCGAUGCCAUCUACAAAAGCAACGAGACCGGCACGAGACAAUCGUAUCUUUGA